AUGCGGUGUGGCGAGGAGGUGGAGUUGCGAAGUGCAGCAAAGCACGAUAAUAAACGACGCCACCACACCCCGCACACCGGGGGCGAGCGAGAGCACAGAAUAGGUACUAUUACUCCUAAAGAGCCAAUAGAGAGCGGCGGCCGGCCGGCAGGCGUGCGCGGCGCAGCGCGUCAAUCAGUACUUGCGGAUGAAAUUGAAAUGAUUGAAAAAAUGGCUAACGAAAAUCAGAAAAAUUGUAUUAUCACAGGGAUCACCCACUCUUUUUGUCUUUUAUGUGACGAAUGCCUAAAAGAAAAUGAAACAAUUCGAUUACAUAUCGAAUGUAAUUCUCACAAAAGGAAUUUGGAAUUAAAUAUACCCUUAGAAAAAUAUAAAGAUGACGGUAUCCGUCAGGAGUACAUUGGAAGAGGCGAUUGUGGAAACGCGCAGUACGCCUCUCGAAAAUCGACCGUGACUUCCCCGCAUAGCCCUAAGCAAGCGGAAUCGGGCUGUCAUGAGGGCUCUGAACCCAAUGCGAACUCUGAACUUUGCGAGACGGACUCAAUUCUUUUUGGCGCCGCGCUGGCAGUGUGCUGUAUCAUAGGCGCCAAGGUUUCCACGGCUGGACGCGCUACUGGCCAAAGUAGCGCUAUCCCAGCAUGGAGAAGAAGAAUUGAGGAACGUAUCGCAAUGGCUAGAGCUCUCAUCGGCAGACUGAUAUGCUUCAGAUCAGGCAAUAACAGGCCAAAAAUUGUGCGCACCGUCAGGACGGCGUUUGCUGGGACAAAUGUCAGUUUGUCCCAGCCGGAUAUAACGCAAAAACUGACGGUGCGCAUAGAUGAUCUGAAGCAGAGAAUCGCUGCUUUUGGAAAGCGGAUUCGGCGAUAUACCGAGAGGUCGACACGGUUCAACCAGAAUCGUCUCUUCCAGAGUGAUCAGAAGAGGCUCUGUGAAUCAUUGGAGCGACCAAUGGUAAGUGGUACGGGCCCAGCACCGAAUCAGGCCGACACUGUAGCAUUCUGGCGCGGCCUGUGGUCAGAGCUCGUAAACCACAGAGAGGGCCCUUGGACGGAAGUUGUGGCGAGUCAGUGUGCGAGUAUAACGUCCAUGGACCCCGUCAUUAUAACACCGGAUGACGUAGCUGAGGCGGUCCGUAGGGCCCCGAACUGGAAAAGUCCGGGACUCGACGGGCUGCAUCACUACUGGCUGAAGGGGUUCGUGGUAAAGAAAGGAUUUCAUUGUGAAUCUUGUGACAUUUUGUUCGCAACAAAACAGGCUAUAAAACGGCAUGUAAAUGAAAUGACUCAUAUAAACAAUAAAGGACUGCUGUUGCUAAAGAAAGUUGAAAAUGGCGUGGUUGCAUUCAAUAAUAUAUUUAUAGAAGAUAAAGCUUGGCAUGGUCUAAUUGACAACACUUGCAUCAUUUGCAACGUUGAUGUUCCAGAUGAAAACAGUCACAAAAAUAAUUCUUCACAUAUUUUCAAUUUAAUUCUAAACAAACCGGAGUUUAAUGAAAACAAUAACAUUUUUCGUAAGGUGGACGGUGAAUGUUAUAACUGCCUGGUAUGUAAUUCAAUAUCCAGUAUGGACACUAUUUCAAUGCAUUUCAAAAAUGAAUACCAUCUCGAAAAAUAUAUGAAAUGCAAGGAAUUAUACAUUCAAUUGAACACCAGUAAUCAAAAAAGACUGGUGACUGAAAAUGAUGCCACUGAUAAUGAAAAAAAUGCUCCAAACACUAUACAAGAUAAAUUAUUAAAGCAUAAAAUUGAGCUCGAUGCAAAAAAGAGUGAUAAAAGCACGCUUAAAAAAGAUGAAAGUAAGAAUAAAGUGAUCACUAAAACACCAAAAAAUAAAAAGGAAACAGAUCCCAUUAAAAUAUACGAUGAAUCAAAAAAAGACAAUGCAAAAGCCUCAUCGUCAGAGAACAUUGGAGAAAAUCAUAAAAAUAUAUCUAGCAAAUUGGAGGGUAAAAUUAUUGAGCAAGAAUUAAGUCACUCUAAAGUUCACGAAUCUCAUGAAGCAAUAGAAAUUGCAUAUAAAUUUGCAAAAGAAAACGGAUUGAAAAUUAGUUUUAGAAAAAGAUAUGCUUAUUGUAAUGCUUGUGAUAUAAGAAUUUCAUCAUCCCUAAAACAUAUGGAGGAUCAUAUUUCAAAUGCAUUGCACAAAGAAAAUAUUUCAAAAUCCCCAAUGGAGAAAUUUAUGAAAACUUAUACUCUAAUUGAAACUGUUCUUGGUGAAAAAUUUGUAAUAUUAAAUAAAAUAUUCUGCAUAGCCUUAUCAAGUUUUCACAUUAUUACUCACAACGAAAAUACAGUUCGAUGCCAACUGUGUGAGAGAAACAUUGUGCAUUCAUUAGAAUUACACUCAAAAACUCAACAUCACAAAACAUUAUUAAACAAAGCUGAAGUAAUUGUUGUUUGGGAAAACGAAUUUAUAAGAAAGGUGAAAUUUUUAUUAUAG